UCUCGCCCUCUCUCUCUCUCACUCCCUCACUCAUGCACUGCUGACUUUAAUGGCUCCAUUGAAGGACACACGCAGAGCAGAGCAAGGAGUGUCAGGGGUGUACAGUAGGAUGUUUUCCAGGGGAAGUGAGGACAUCCACUACAGCUUCCCGUGGCUGAUGUAACCCCCCCUGAGGACCCUCAUGGAGGACAUUUCUGUGUAGAGUGCCGGACUGGUGGUGGAGAAAGAAAGUGGCAUAAUUGUUGUCUCCAUCGAUUUCCCCCUCAAGAAGGGUCCAGUGGCACCCCGCCCUGCCCCGCAGAUGGUGCUCAGCCUGGCCAUGGACUCCAGAGAGGAUGGGGACAGCUGGAUGGAGGAACAGUGGGAGAAAUGGUUAACCCAUGAUAUCAGUCUGAACGAAUACGAGGAUGACGACCUGUCAGAAGUGACAGAAAUCACGGAUGAGAACGGAAUCACUCUCAACCAGCUCGACCUCGACCCUAAAGAUCACAUGACUCAGCCGACCAAUGGCACGCCGAGGAGCGGCCGGAGGAGGGGGGUGGUGGAGCUGCAGACGGAGAUGCUCCAGUUGGACCUGAUUGAUGCAGAGGGAGGAAUCUUGGAAGAAGAGGAGGAAGAGGAGAACGAGAGGCGGCCAGUUGAUGCCGUCGAUGACAACCACAAGGAAGAGCAGGGUGCAGGGCCGCCUGUCACUCAGCCUCAGCUAAAGGAUUUCAUCCCUGCCGUCGCCAUGGAUACAUACCGGCCCAAGAGACCCACCACCCUGAAUCUUUUCCCGCAAGUGCCAAGGACUCAGGACACAAUAAAUAACAAUUCCUUUGGUGAGAAAGAACGGAGGAAAGAAAAGAAAACCCAUUCUUCAUCACCACACAUUAAGGGAGAUCCGGUGGCCAAACCUGAGCAGGUUAGCCUGACCGAUGGGGACAAAGUUCAGGCCAGGGCGGACACCAAACCACGGGGCACUGCCUCCUCCACGACCAAAGCCUCCACCUUUCACACCAAGAAGAAGGACAAGUUGUCCGAGUCUUUGAACAACCCCAACGUGGUGGCGCCCCUCACGCAGACAGUCAUGAGGGAAAAAUCUACGGACGUGACCCUGAUAGAGGGUGUCCUUGACAUCCCGACCAUUUGCAAAGAAAAAGCCCGGUAUCACACCGUCAACGGCUAUCGGGAACAAGUGCAGUAUCCUGUGGAGAAUGAAGGUACGUGUGACCAGUUGGUCGACAAAAACAAGGACUAUCACAUUUCGGAAGGAAAUGCAACAGAGGAGAUCCACCUCACACCAGUCAACGGUGAACAAGAGCGACCAUUUCUGUCCCAGAGCAGCGACAGCAACCGCAUGUCCAUUAGUUCGGACACGGAGCUUCCUCCCCUUCACUACUACCCAUCGGCGGGUUGUCCGAACCCCUCCAUUAGCGAGGAAGAUGAGGUGUACCCACCCACACCCCCAUGCCGGACUGUCAGCCUCAGCGACGCAGGGGACACAAGUAAGUGGGCUGAAACCCGCAAGCCUAAAGUGGUGAAGGAGGACACAGGGAACUUAAAGGCAGUGGCGGUCAGCACGGAUGCUUCGGGACUCACGUAUGACUCAGUUAAGUACACUUUGGUGGUGGAUGAGCAUGCUAAGCUCGAGCUAGUGAGUAUCAAAGACUGCUACAAAGGUUACGAAAGUGACAGUGACAAUACCGUCUAUGAGUCUGCCAUCGAUGAGGAUGAGGAGGAUCAGGAAGUGGAUGAAGAGGAGGAAGAGUCGGGAGCGAGGGGCAUGAGGAGAGACACUUCCUGUUUGUCAGGGGACUCCACCACAGACACCACCUCAGACAUGCCCCGUUCCCGCAAGUUCAUGAACGUCUUUGUGAAUGGACGGUCACGUUUACCUGGUGCUGAGUUUGGAUUCUUCUCCUGUGUUAUUAAUGGAGAGGAAAGAGAACAGAGCCACAGAGCAGUGUUCAGGUUUAUUCCUCGCCAUGACGAUGAGUUGGAGAUGGAGGCGGAUGACCCAUUAUUGGUUGAGGUGCAGGCCGAGGAUCUAUGGUGCGAGGCCUACAACAUGCGCACUGGAUCCAGAGGCAUCUUCCCUGCAUUUUAUGCCAUCAAGGUGACAAAGGAUGAACUUAUUAAAGAGGUCAAAAGUGACUGGAUGGACAAAUUCUGGGUAAAAUUCCUUGGUUCUGUUCAAGUGCCGUAUCACAAAGGGAAUGAUGUGCUUUGUGCCGCCAUGCACAAGAUAGCAUCAAACAGACGAACAACAAUGCAGUUCAGCCCACCUUCACCAUGCAUUCUGGAAAUCAACACAAGAGGAGUGAAAAUCAUUGUUCAAGAUGACUGUCGGACUUCUGGAAGGGGUGAGAAGUGCUUUCACUUUUUUCAGUUGAAAAACAUCUCCUUCUGUGGGUGCCAUCCGAAGAACAAGAAGUAUUUUGGAGUAAUAACGAAACAUCCAGCAUACCAGAGAUUUGCCUGUCAUGUGUUCUUCUCAGAUGAUACAACCACGAAACUGGCUGAAUCUAUAGGGAAAGCUUUUCAGCAGUUCUACAAAGAACAUAUGGAAUAUUCCUGUCCAACAGAAGACAUCUUCCUCGAAUGACCUUCAGUCUAUUCGUAUUUUUCCAUUAUCACAUACUAUAUGAGGUGUCGCAUGAUGGUGGUUUUGAGCCUCUUUGUAACGUGUCAUGUUGAUGAUAUAAUGUUGAUGUCUAUUUUAGACAAAUGUUAAAAUCGAAAACAGAUAUCAGCUACAGCGCAACUACUUUCACAUCGUGCAACUCAAGUAUUACUGACUGGUGUAAAGCCUUACGAAGUUUAAUAACAAAAAAAUGUUUGAUGUGACUUGUAAAAAUCAUUUGUGCUAAGUUUGGUUUUGAAUUCAUUCGAAGCACAAUGUUUGAUGCAUUAAUGAUGGAUGAAACAACAUCAUAAGAAAGGUGAUCUUAAAACAACUGUAUGUAAGUUUUUUACCUUGAAA